UAAAAAAUUAUUAUUUUGAACGUGAACUUCUGCAAACCAUCAUGCAUCAAAUUAGUUUUUGACGUAUUAAUGAGACAGGUAACUGCAACAAACAAAAUGGUGACAUAAAUUAAUAGGGGUGUCAAGCUGGAGACACUGCAUAAACAUUGCCACCACCGAGUAACCAUUAUAACAAUAGCUGAAGAUCAAGACUUCCCUUGCCUUCCAUAUGUCAUGUUGCAGGCAGACAAUUUCAUAGACUAAAAGAUAAUUAUUCUUCCUUUACAAUGCAUGCAUAAUGCAUAUUGUUUAGUAUAAAGUAUUAUAUUGUAAAGAUGCCAUUUUGUAAGAAUCAUGCUAUUCCCAAGUAAAAUAUUCAGGGAUGAGUUGGAAGCUUGGUGCAUGGGGAGCAUUGCCAGAUAAUGGAGAGGUAGAUAAGAUCCAAAUCAAGAUUAUAUAAUUGCACACAUAUUACAUAUUAGGUGACAUUUGGGGAACACAAAUAUUCUUUUUGUCUCCCUUAAUUGGUUAAUUUGUUUGCUAUAUAUGAAGCGGAAAACCCAACCACUAAAACUCAAGUUUUGAAACAAACACUUGUAAAUCAUCUUCUAACUUUCAGUUCUCUAAGAAGAAGAAAAUGGCAGUCAUUGAAACAAAUACAAAGAUCUCUCUGCAUCUUCGCAGCAACAGUUUGCCCUCCACAUCUCACCCUCUUGUAUCACAAUUUGAGGACAAUUUGCAAAGACUGCAGAGUUCUGAAGGGACCUCUUCAGUGUCGUCAUCUUCGGUAUGCAACAAACUCAAUGGCAUGCAGGAUUUGCAUGACUGUGUUGAUAGGUUGCUUAAAUUGCCAAUUGAACAACAAGCCUUGGCAUUAGAGUGCAAUGAAAAAUAUAUUGAUGACCUACUAGAGAGGUCUCUUCAAAUCUUGGAUAUUUGUAGUACAGCUAAAGAUUGCCUUUUGCUAUCAAAGGAAAGCAUACAUGAACUACAGUCAGUUAUCAGAAGGAGAGGCAAUGAAACUGAAUUCACAAUUGAGGGUGUAAAAUACUUGGCUUUGAGGAAGAACAUGAAGAAACAAAUCCGAAAAGCAUUGGUAAAUUUGAAAGCAAUGAAGAAUGAGUUAGUGGCUUCUUCAUCAAAAAACAAAGAAAAUAACUCUUCACCAAUUUUUGAAUUUUUGAAAGAAGCAGAAGCAAUCACCCUUUGCUCACUAGAACAUUUGUUACUAUUUAUCUAUGAUCCAAAAGGACACUCAAAGAACAGCAGAUGGUCAGCAAUAUCCAAGUUGAUGCAGCCUAAGAGAACAGUUUGUGAUUCUCAAGAAUCAGACACAAAUGAAUUUGAGAAGGUGGAUGCCACUUUGCAAUCUCUCAUCAGCCACAAGCCCUCAUCUACUGAAAAUUUACAAAGUGAUAUGGAAAAUUUGGAGAUGUGCAUUCAGGAUCUAGAAAUAGGAGUUGAGCACAUCUCAAGAAAAUUAAUUAGAAAUAGAGUUUCUCUUCUUAACAUCUUCAACCACUAAUCAUGGUGUCUACAUAGCUUUUGUGCACUCAAUUUUCCCUCAAGAGUGUUACAUAACUGUACAUGAAUGUAAUUACAUCAUCUUUUUUAUACUGAAUAUUAUUAUCUAGGGAUCAAAUCCUUAUUAGUUCCA